GGAUCAGCAGAGAGGACAGGCUGUACAGUCCAGCACUGACACUCCAUUCUCUAAGGAUGAGUAAUGAGACGUGUGUGUCCCCGCCCCGCCCCUCUCAUCACACACGAGUGCUGUGCUCCUGUCCGGACUACACAACACCGCCGCGCCUCUGCUGGACUCUCCACCGUCCUUCUCCUGGACUAGACAUGACAGCGAGACAGGGACACCCCCUGUACCAGAGUCAGACCUCCGGUACUCAGCACCUCCGGGACCGACAGAGGUUCUUCGAGGACGUCCUUCAGCAUGAAGUGGACCUGUACUACCCGCACACGCACCUCAUCCCUGAGCGCUGGAGACCCCCCCUGGAUAGCGUGUCAUCAAUGGAGGUGAAUAUCGAUUCUAUGGAGCUGUCAGAACCACUGGACAUUACUGAGCUGGAACCCAGCGAUGCUUUUCAGCAGUGUGAGGAUCCACUAAGCCCUCUGGUCACUCCUGCUGACCUCCAGGGAAUCGACUACUUCAGGCUUCGCUUCCCCUUUCCCACGGCGCCUGGCCAGGAGCAUCCAGCACAUGAUGGUGACACAACAACACGCAGACAGGAGGAAGCUGCAGAUGCCCAGGCCAAAGAACACAGCUCUACUACAGAUUCUGCACAUCAUGGUCCCAACAAGACCUCCUUGUCUGAAACACAAUGACCUGCCAGUUUCCUCUGAAUGGACUAUGGUACUAGCCAGUGUCUUGUGGGACUCCAUUCACUGGUCCCUUUACUAUACAAAAUACGGCUCAUGUGGACAUACUAAGCUGUCGGGGGUAUCAGAUUUGUAAUUCAGUUUACAUUGCACCAUUAUUGUCAGUUGAAUGGAGUCUGCCACACAACUGGGCAUUCAGCAGAAAAUGCUUUUUAUGAAUGGGGAGAAUUUUAAUGCAUUCCAGUGUUUUUACAAAGCACAUUUGUGGGUUAAAGCUUUGUAUGAUGAUUAAGGUCAGUCUGCCCUUUUCAGAGGCCUCUGUACUAUUAAUAAUCAUUUUCUAGGAAGAGCAUGUUGGUUGGAACAAAAGUGUAACUUCCUUCUAUUUCCGUCUGCACCACAUGAAAUCAGACAAGGGGGAAAUGUGAUGAUAAUCCCAUAGCAAUUACAUCAUGGAAAAAAAUGUAUCUGUGGCUCCCUCUAGUGGAUUGCUGGUGGAAUUUAGUAAUGUAGCACACAGUGAAGCUGUAUAGACCGUUCAAUAGGAUUUUUUGCUUUGACAGUUCUAGUGUAUAUGAUUCAUUGUGAUAGUCUGAAUAAAUGAAUGACUGUUUGGAAAAAUACAGUGCGGGUGAGUCAAUAAAGCGAUUGCGACGCUUU